AUGCCUCAAGCACCACAACCACAGUCUCAACCCCAACCACAACAUCCAGUUUCUCCCACAGUCACCAGAAAACCCAGAUCAUCAACACCUAAACCAUCAAAGUCUACAAAAUCUGAUGCCCCUUCUACUAAGCAGACCAGAACCUCUGUUGCUACACAAGUUCUGAAGACAAAGUCUGAUAAACCAGUAAACUCUGAUGCUAAAAGAAGGAGACUGGUUGCAGCCUAUGAUUAUGAUGAUCUUGAACCUGCACAUGCAACAAACUCUGAACCUUCCCAGGCCAGUCCUCAAACAAAGACACCAAGAUUCAAAAGAAGAGCAAACAAGCCUAAGAGGCCAAAGGUACCCAUCACAGAGAUCACAGAUUUUACAGUUGAGGAAGAGCAAGUACCAUCCACUACAACUCCUAAUGAUCUAUCUCAAGCUCUGCUGGUGCAUCCUCUACAAGCUGUUCCACUAUCAACCGCUACAGCAUCUUCUACUUCAUCUGAAGUAGAUGAGGAAAUUGUAUGCAAGGACCAAACUACAGCUGAAGCUGAGACUACAAUGUCUGAUCCUCAAAUUCCAACAUCUGAUCAUGGACCAUCCACUCCAAUUCCUCAUUCUCCAAUGAAAAUUCCUGAGGGAGCCAUUGUUCAUGAUACAGCUCCAGGAAACUACAAGUCAGAUGUUGUAGUUGAGGAAUCUGAUAAGGUAGCAUUGGAAGCACUGGAGUCCCUUGCUAAGGCUGGUGAAGAGCCUAGCAAAUCAAAAGCUGAUGAUCAAGAAAAAUCUGUUCAAGAUCCUAGGAAAGCUGAGCUGAAGAAAGAACAUGUUGAAGCUAUAAACUCUGGAAAGAUCCAAAGCCGGCAAAAUCAACUACCCAAGCCAAAAGAAAAGGGGAUAUUGAUCAAGAAAGUUUCCCUUUGA